GGUUGGGUCACACCGAGGUCAGGGUUUGAUUGUGGUCGGCCAGGAGAAAGCAGGUUUUGGCCGUGAGAUGUCCCGAUGUGUGGCAGGGCCGCUGGAGGUGGAUCGCGCGCCGGGCUUCACCACCAUGAACAGAGAUUUGCUGUCGCCUCGUUAGGGGGGACCUCGGAGGGCAGAGGGCACCGGCACGCCGGGGGGCUGGUUUGCCCAGCUCGGCGAUGUCCUCCCCGACUUUGUCGAAGGACAGCGGGAAGGGGCUGAUGGAGUUCAUCGAGGGGUCGCAGGAGAUUAAGCCGCUGACCUGCACCCUCUGCACCUUCAUCACCGACAACCCCGAGGCCUUCCAGCAGCACCAGGACGCCCAUGGCAACAUGCGGCUGUACCAGGAGGUGCCCUCCUCAGUCAAGCAGGAGCCGGCGGGCGAGUGGUGGCCUCCCUACGACACAGAGGAGCCCUCGCCCUUGGCCUCGGAGGGCAGCGAGUGCCUGGGACCGCGUGGCGCCUACAGCUGGGACCUCCAGCCGGACGGGGUCAAGCCUCUGGACAGGCAGUGGAACUUCUCCGGGGCGGUGGAAGAGGAGGGCCUGGCCGACACCAGGCACAACGGUCAAGCCAAGGCCCUGGGGGCCUUUCCCUCGGGCGGGGCGGGUGGGGAGGAGCCCCUGCUCAACUACAAGGUGGUGGUGGUCGGCGAGGAGGGGGGUCAGGGCCGGAAACGGCGGGGAGCCUGUGAGCUGCAGGAGGCCCUGCCCACAGAGGAGGAGCUGACCGCCCAGCAGCAGGAGCAUUUCUCCACCGUCUACCAGAGCUACGAGGGCGAGCUGGAGCCCGACUCAGAACAGGCGGGGCUGAGCGGAGAAUCGUCACCAGGUUCCCGGCCGCCUCCCUCGGAUACCCGGGCCUCCCAGUCCAACAAGCAGAAGUGGCAGUCCAAGCAGUACCAGUGCGACCUGUGCUCCUAUGUGGCGAGGGGGAAACAGGACCUGCGUAUCCACGAGAGGGAGGAGCACCUGAAAGAAGGCAGCGACGUGAUCAAGUGCAGCCAGUGUAACUACACCACCAACAAGAUCUCCUUCUGGCGUCAACACAAGCUGGUUCACAUUAGCGCCAAUGGCACCACCGGCCGCAUCUACAUGUGCAAGACCUGCGGCUGGAAGACCAAGUACCGGCACUCGCUGGUCAAGCACAUUGCGCUGCACACCGGCAACAAGUCCUUCCAGUGUGACCAGUGCGGCUUUGCCUGUGCCCGUAAGGAGAACCUCAAACGCCACAAGCUGACCCACCUGAAGAAAGGAGUGGAUGGUAAGGGGCUGAUGCUCAAGUGUAACUGGUGCGAGUAUGCCACCGCUCACAGCAAUGCACUGAGGAGACACGCCAUGACCCUGCAUAACGCGGAUGAGAAUUAUGUUCCGGAGUAUCGCUGUGACGUGUGUGAAUUUAAAACAACCAAGCUGAGCAAUUUCUCCAACCACAAAAUUACACACCUAUACGGGUGUGCGGGGUAA